AUGCUUCACUCCACUAUUGAAGGAAUCAACGUGGACGAAUUGUUGACCUAUUUGGAACGAGAAAACCAACAUCCAAUGAAGGCCAUGAUCGGAUAUAAAUUUCCAACUCAGGCCGAUCAUGUUCAUCAUUCCAGUAUUGAGUUAUUGUGUGGAAAAUGUGGCAAUGUAUUAAAUAUUUCAUCAUUGGAAGGUUCGGAAAGACAAUCGGUGAUGCUAAUUAAACAAAUGGAUCGACCGUUUAUUUCAAUUCAAAUCAUGAAUGAGGACACUCCACUGCAGCAACAAUCAUUUCCUUUGGAAUUUGAGAAUUGUCCAGAAUCAUUCUUCUAA